CGAUGUGUAGUUUCUCGUCGGCAUCGCGUUAUGUCGUGCGCCACGGGGCGGAGACGUACGGCCCGGCCGAAACCAUGCGGGAAAUGUCUCGGGCAACAGCUCACAGAGUGUCACGUACGCAUUCCAUCGUGGACGAACUCUUGGACGAAAUCUACGACACUUUACGUUCGACAGAGAGGCGACGAACGAGUGUAGACAGUGACGCGGGCACCGAAAGCUCGCUGCUCAGCGCAGACGACAAUGUGUUACUGGGAAAUACUGAACUGCAUAGGUGCAGCUGGUUUCAGUUGGCUCAAAAGGAGAAGCGAGAACUACGGCAGCUUCGUGUGCUUCUUCUGGACGGCGUCCAUCGGUUGAACAGUCACCUGGUAUCCCUGCUUCGGCAUCGCGACAGGCAUCGCACUCGGAGACAGCACAACUUCGACCUGGUAACCGCAGUUCUACAGGCGGUGUCUCCAAAAAGGAGUGUGGACACCCGAAUGCGCUUCAGUCUGGAACCAAGCCCUGGGGACACCGGAUUCACGCAAUGGCGAGAUGCUAUGAAGAUGGUCGCUCGUCUCCCAGGAGGAAUUCCUCCGGAGUUCCGCAAAAGGCUGUGGCUGUCACUGGCGGAGCGCUACCUGCUCAGUCGUAAGGUGGACUGGGAAUUGACGCAACGACUCUGCUUCAACGAUCGGUCCAAUCCAGAUGAUGACAACUUGGGAGUGCAGAUAGUCAAGGAUCUGCAUCGUACGGGAUGCAGCCUUUUCAGCGGAGAAGCGGCGGAGCAGAACCAGGCGCUACUGAAAAGGGUUCUACUGGCGUACGCUCGCUGGAACAAGUCUGUAGGAUAUUGCCAGGGCUUCAACCUCCUCGCUGCCUUUGUACUAGAAGUUGUAGACUGGUGUGACAAGAACGCCCUCAAGAUGAUGAUCUACCUGGUGGAGGGCGUCCUUCCAGAAGGGUACUUCGCAAACCACUUGCGGGGCCUGUCGGUAGACAUGGCUGUCUUUCGAGACCUGCUCCGUCUGCGACUUGGCAGCCUAGCCAGGCACCUUGACCGACUCCAGAUGGAUGCUCAUGAUACCACCACUGGUACAAGCUACGAACCUCCUCUGACAAACGUCUUCACAAUGCAGUGGUUCUUGACUCUGUUUACAACAUGCUUACCCAAGACCACGGUUCUGCGCGUCUGGGAUCUCAUUCUCCUGGAAGGCAACGAGGUGCUGCUCAGAACGGCGCUCGCCAUAUGGGACGGACUCGCAGAUCGCAUCAUGACCGUGGACAGCGCGGACGAGUUUUACAGCAUCAUGGGCGUGCUCACCCGAGAGAUGGUGGAGUUUGGCUUGAUGGAUGCCAACGAGCUGGUGCAUACCAUCUGCAGCAUGGCUCCCUUCCCAUUCCCGCAACUGGCCGAGCUUCGAGACCGGUACACAUACAACAUACGGCCGUUGCCGUCUGCCUUAGGUGCACGCCAGGCGGGACAGCUGAGGCUUUUCUUCGGAGAAGAUGACGACGAUGCAGACAGCGACCACCAGAUGGUGGUGGCGACCUGGUGCCUUUCUAACGCCUUGCUCCCAACGAAACAUAAAGGACAAGGCAACCCCCAGGCAACAUCCCCCGAUCCCAGCAGGAUGACAUUGGAUAUAUCUACGCUCAAGCGUCAAUACUCUAAGCUAAAGGAACGCCAGAGGCAGGCUCACAUCAUCCUUACCGGCAGCUUCCAGAGCGCUCCCGUGCCCAGGAACAAUCCUUCUCAACCUGUGAACCACCUGCUCCUGGGCCAGAAGCCUUUGCUUCGGAAGAACCGCCCUCCUCCACCAACUUAUGUUACUCCAACAUCCAAGCACAGAUGCCCAUCAGCCAGUGCUACGCGUCCAGUGCGAACGGAAGGCUCAUCCAAGGGUCUCGGAGAGACGCUAUCGUGGGAACAGGUAAAAAAGAUGAGAAGAAAGAAUGGAAACGGUACAGAAAACGACGAUAGCUCAAGCUAUAGCAGCAGCAGUAGCAGCAGCACCUCGACAGAGUUAUGCGAUGACGAGGUCCCAAGCGACGCUAACUCUUCGCCAGAGGCCCGCCGAAGUGCAAUUGCACCAACCCUUUCGGAUCGGCACAGCACAACCACCAGUUACACCACUGCUUCUGACAACGACGAAACUUGGGACAAAAUGGAGAUGUCAAAGCCAAAACCAUGUGUAGCGGAACCUGCAAGCACAACGAGAAAAGAAAAUCGUACGGAAUCGCCACCAUCAACUGUGUGGACAUUGGAAAGGGUGCGCGCGACCCCCAUACCAAGCACACCCCCUCUAAAUUUACCUAUGUACAGCUACAGGGAACGACUGGAAAGUCCUAAGCGCACGUCUUCACAUUCAUCCGCGUCUAGUGUAAGCUCAACCGACUUGCCUUUGAAAUUACCCACCAAAUUACCCACGAAAUUACUAUCCUCUGAAAGAACAUUUUCAGCAAACACAACAUCGCCGAGCAGUUCUGGAUCUCUGGUGCGGUCUUCUCUCGUGAACGAUCCGCCACACACAACAUCCGUAUUGGCAGAAGAUAGGUCGGCAUGUUCCAACUCCCAUCAAAAGGCAACUAACGCACUGCCAGCAGCCACAACGGAACGAACACCUCCGGAGUCGUUCGUGUCUGCCCGAUUUCAACCAACUGUGUCGGUCAAUGCUGCAAACUCGGCACUUCCUCGAGAGCGAGUUCCGUACACAUCUGAAGGACCAGGCAGCCCCCCAGCGUCACCCAAGAAAAGCGAUGCCUUCAACCCCUUCCCAACAGCGCGGAGAGCGUCUCUAACCAGCUAUGCGAGUGAAGUGGGCGUUAAACUUGGACUAUACGACAGAGCAACGACAAUGACUUCCACGACAGGACGAGCCCCGUCGCUGAGGAGGUAA